AUGACAUUGAUGAGGGAUCAUGAAACAGAAGAUGAAGAAUUUUUUUGUUUUGUUUUGUUUUGUUUUGAAUUGAUUUUUUUUAUCUUCUCCUUCUUCUUCUUCUUGUUGUUGUUGUUGUUGACUAUCAACAACAAAAUGCCACCAAGAAAGAAGUCUACUGUUGUCACAGAACAAGAACUAGUCGGUGCUAGUAAUGAAGAACUCAUAGAUAUAAUCAACACCAACAUCAAUACAAAACAAGAUGAACUAUUCACGAAAUAUAAAUCCAAAGUGGAAUCACAGCUAGAACAAGAUCAUGAAUUGAUCGAAAGUCUACAGUUGGAAUUACAAGAUAAAAACUCCCGUAUAGAACAAUUAGAAGAACAAUUGGCAUCUUUGAAAAUCGAUUCAGCUGUUGAAUUUGCAUCUCCUAUAAGAAAGAAAACUGUUGGAAGAUUAAAUCAAGAUGAAUUAGCUAAAGAAAGAGAACAUAUUAGUCUUACUUUGGAUAUGAUUGAAUUAUUAACUGGUGUUAAAGUUGUUAAUUUUGAAAAUACCGAAGAUGAAUAUAUAUUUGAUAUUAAACAAUCUUCCAUGAAACAAGAAUUGGUGGUGCAUUAUCAAUUGGUAUUGUCUACAAUUCCAAAUAGUGAAAUUAAUUAUUUCCCAACAUUUCUUGAUGCUUUGGAAGGUGAUGAAGUUGAAGAAUAUGAAAAUACAAAAAGAUUACAAAAAGUAUUACCGGAAUAUCUAUGUGAGAAUUUGUCAUUUCCCUUUGAUACAUUAGCUCAAUUCUAUGGGAAAGUGAAUAGAGCAUUGAAUAAGAAAUGA